AUGUCUCAGACUCAGGAUCUCGUUCCCUACACUACUGUGAUUCGCGACAUCUACGCGCCUAUUGGCGAAGUCUGGGGGAUUUUGGGAGGCUUCGGAGCCGAAAAGUCUUGGUAUCCAGGAUGCAUCAAGCUCAGCCUGGAGGGGUUCGGCGUCGGCAGCAUCCGCAGCUUCUGCUACGAGUACGCUUUCGGUCCGCACAAGGGGGAGCGCUACGAAUUCACUGAAGAAAUGACCGAGGUGGACGCUGCCAACCACUCGAUGACAUUCAGAGUGCGAAGGCCUGAUUACCCCGACAUGGUGGCGUUUGGGACGACUGCGCUGGAAUAUGUUGGUCCAAACAAAACCCGUUUUAUUUGGAGUGCUAGAGGGAGCCGACUCCCGGAGGAGCACAUGAAAGCCUUGGCUGAACAGGACCUGGAACCGCGCUUCUCUGGCCUUAUCGCAGCCAUCGCAAAGCAAGUGGAAUAG